ACCGGAUAAGCUUGGCUAAGCGGUGGCUGUACUUCACAUGAAAAAUCGCGUUGUCGUGUCGUGUCGUGUCUGUCGACCUACAGGUUCUCCUCACCAUUCUCACCUUUCGAUUGGACAUUUGCUGCUCUAUCAGUUCCUGCGUUGCGACAUGUCGUGCUGCUAUUCGACCAGCGCAAUGCCUUGUGAGCGCCACUAAUGUGGCCAAAUCACGACCCUAGGGCGAAACCUCAAGAAGGGGUCUGCUCAGUAACUCUACUAUGCAUAUAUAUAUGUGUGUGUAUGUAUAUAUAUAUAUAUAUAUAUAAAGUCGACCUUUACUUUGUUAUUCGCUUGGGCUAGACAUGCAUCUUACCUGAGAUGAUUGUUAUAUUCAUAUUGGCUGAACAGUGAAGUAUUGGCGAUGGCGGAAAAUCAAGACCAGCUACGGAGGCUGGAGGAGCAGCGGAUUUCAGUGAUGGCAGAAGAUGAGCGUAAGGCUGCAUUAAUUUCGGACCUCUUCAAGCAUAUCGGUGAUUUGACGGGCCAGCUUGCCGAAGCGCAUAUGGAUCUUCGAGAUAGAAAAGACAUGCUUGAGCUUAAGCGUACAAAACUUGAGCUUGCAGAGAAGCAGAUUGAAGAUUUACGACGCAAAACUGAUGAUCAUGUUUUUAGUAUGGUUAUAAUUGAUGGCGACAAUAUGCCGUUUCAGGAUGAAUUUGCUAGAGACGGCCUCACAGGAGGCAAGAGAGCAGCUGGUCUCCUUAGAAAAGCAAUAACUGAGGAUAUCAAAACGAGAUUUCCGUCUCUUCCUGCGAACGUCCCAGUGAUGAUUCGUGUGUAUGCGAAUUUAAGAGGGUUAAGCAAAAAAUAUAGAGAACUUAUGCCUGACUCGGCAUCGUUUGAAGAUUUUGUUCGUGGAUUUAAUACGGUCCACCCUAUGUGCGAUUUCAUCGACGCUGGGUGUGGCAAAGAAUGUGCCGACGAGAAAAUAAAAGCCUCUAUUAAGUUUGGCCUUGAUGAUAGUCAUUGCAAACAAGUGUUUUUCGGUGGACCAGGAGACAACGGAUAUGCCCGCGUUUUCGACUCUUUCCUCGAAGACCAGGGCAUCAGAGAACAGAUCACGCUGAUGGCAGGUCCCCCUUUUGCGUACGAACUGGCGGCAAUCAAAGAUAAAUUUCAUAAUAUGACCUUGGACAACAUCUUCAGAAGCCAGAAACUUCCCAGCGAAGCCAACCGCAGGACCUCAUUCCAUAUCACACCGCCAGGAACUCCCAUGUCUCCAACCUCUCCGCUGAACUUUGCAGCCGUUGCAAAGGUGCCUAGCAGCCCGGCUCAGAGCUCCCCGGCCCAGUUAUACUACACAGAGCCCAAGAUGCCUUCCAAUGGGGUCAUAUUGCGGAAUAAAUUUGGACAGAGGGUGGAUUCGCGGCUUUCGUACUUGCAAUCUGAUUUCUCGAACUUGAAAGACCGAAAGCUUUGCAACAAUUUCCACAUUCUGGGCAAGUGCUACUAUCUUGAAAAGUUUGGCAAAUGCCAUCAUAUCCAUGGAGAAAAGUUGGUCGGCCAGCGGCUGGAAGCUUUGCGAGCCAUUGCUCGUCAGUCUCCGUGCUUGAAUGGGCUGAGCUGCAGCCAGACAGAUUGCGUGGCCGGACAUAAGUGUCCAAGGGAGCCUUGCCAUUUAGAAAACUGCUGGUUUCCUAAAGAAAUGCAUAACGUUGAGUCUCAGGCCGUGGAAUAAGAUUAUGUUUGAGCUUAAUGUUUUAUAAUAUGGGCUUUUUUGGAGGGAAAUUUGCAUUGAACUUGUAUAAGUGUUCGUUUUGGGAUGGACGGAUGGAAGGACAAUACACGGCGGUUAGGGCUGGCUAUCUGGUAUGGUGAACAGAAUACACGGAGUUCAUUUGCAUACCGGCAGCAUUGCUUCGACGGCUAUACAAAAAUGAUGCUAGUUAGAAUUUAUUCAGUUUUUAGUUUUUAGUUUAAUUUAAUUUUUUGCAAACAAAGAGGAAG